AUGCAAUUGCCUCAAAACACAGUUACCAAAAAUGUCCACCACCCACUGCUCUCCACGACCGCAAAACCACCCCUCCUCACCCUACCCCUCGAGCUACAACUCCUCAUCCUCCCCCACCUCCCCUACCCCGACGCCCUCGCCCUCAAACACACCCACACGCACUUCUACAACCUAGUCGACACCAACGUCCGCCUCAAAGUCGCCUGGCUGCUCGAGCGCAAGACGCGGAAUCUGGAAUGGCCGCAGGAAAAGUGCGUCAUGAGAACCGACGCCGCGUUUUGCAGCACUGGCGGUGGGCAGGGGUGGGAGGGGUGUUGGGAAGGGAAGGGCGGUUGCGAGGUUGUGGAGGAAGAGGGUGGGAAGGUUUGA